AUGCCCUCCAUCCCCCGCGCGACCCUCAAUAACCCCGACCCUCAGAGCCAGCCAGACCCGGGGGACCGCUCGGGCAUUGCUAUCCAAGUUCAGCAUCUCCCCGUCAGCAUCGUCAGCGAUCCUCCUCCUCCUCCUGCAACCUGCAUCGGCAUCUUCGUCGUCGACACGAGAACCGAGCCGACCAUGGCAGGACGUGUGCGCCAGCCCAUCGACCAAAAGUCGCUGGAGCGGUACAUUGAACAGAAUGUGCCCGAGAUCAAGGUGCCCGUCGACCUGAAGCAGUUCGGCUUCGGCCAGUCGAAUCCCACCUACCAGCUCACGGCCGCCGACGGCCAGCGCUACGUCCUCCGCAAGAAGCCGCCGGGCAAGCUCCUCUCCAAGGCAGCGCACAAGGUGGAACGCGAGUACCGCAUCAUCCACGCGCUCGAGACGACGGACGUGCCGGUGCCGCGCGCCUACUGCCUCUGCGAGGACGACACGGUCAUCGGCACGCCCUUUUACAUCAUGGAGUUCCUCGACGGCCGCAUCCUCGAGGACGCCGCCAUGCCGGGCCUCGGCGCCGACGAGCGCCGGGCCCUGUGGCACGCCGCCGUCGACACGCUGGCGCGCCUGCACCGCGUGCGGCCCGCCGACGUCGGGCUCGCGUCCUUUGGCCGCGCCACGGGCUUCUACGACCGCCAGAUCCAGACGUGGAGCACCAUCUGCGCGAGCCAGGCCGGCGCCGUCGACGUCGAGACUGGCGAGCCCGUUGGCGACCUGCCGCAUUUCAGGGACAUGAUUGACUUCUUCAGGGACGCGAGGCGGCAGCCGCGCGAUCGGGGCACGCUGAUUCACGGCGACUACAAGAUUGACAACAUUGUCUUUCACAAGACGGAGCCGCGGGUGAUUGGCAUCCUGGACUGGGAAAUGUCCACGGUCGGCCACCCGCUCUCGGACCUCUGCAACCUCUCGACGCAGUUCUUCACGGCGUCGCGCGACGGCGUCAACGCGCACAGGGGCUUCCUCCCCGGCGCGACGCCCGGCCUGCCCGACGCCGCGCAGGUCGUGCGCUGGUACGCCGACGGGUCCGGGUACGACCCCGCCGCCGAGCUCGGCUGGGGCAUGGCCUUCAACGUGUUCCGUCUGUCGGCCGUAUGCCAGGGCAUCGCGGCGCGGUACGCGCGGCGCCAGGCCAGCAGCGAGAAGGCGAAGCAGUACUCGGAGACGAGGGCGCCGCUGGCCGAGUUUGCGUGGGAGCUCGUGGAGACGAGUCGCAAGGGCGAGGGCGCUGUGGCUAAGCUGUAG